AUGGAUUACAGGAAAAUGAUUGUGGAAAUGGUCGUAUUUAUUCUGCUUCCACCAGGGGUAUGGUGCUAUGACAAGGCACUUUUGGGGAUAAUCGCUUCCUCUGUUGUGGCUGGUGUUUUCUUCAUCCUCAUUGUUGUCAUGGCAAUAAUGGUCACCAUUUGGGAAGACAUUGAGAUAGCGAAGGGCAAGGUAAAGAUUCCUCGACACAGGUACAACCGCUUCAGAGUUCACACUCCGGACAGUUCGAUCUCCGCUGACCACACCAUUGAAAUGACCGGUGUGCCCAUUUGGGCCGGAAUUACACCUUCGUGGAGAGAAGCAGAACCAAUACAAAUACCUAGUGAUCACAGCCAUCCAGAAGAUCAAGUGGAGAGAGAAUUCUAUUUCACGCAAAGAAUGUCGAAUGGAUCACAAUCAGAUCCUGCUGUGAUUAUCUCAGAAGCCAACGACGACAGCGACCAACAAACCGGAUAUGAUCAUCAAAUGGCAUCCAAACGGACUUCCGGUUCAACAAAUAGACUUUCCUCAAAUCGUCAUUCUGGUUCAACUCAACGGGUGUCCGGUGCUACCUUGAAUACCACACUGCCAUCUAGUGCUAGAAAUAGCCACGGGGCAUACUCAACAGCAGCGCGGGUGUCUAAUUCCAAUUUGUCACGUACGCAUUCAGAAGUACUUUUGGUUCCCGGAAGUGAAAUGACUAUGGACAGCCAUCGCGCUGGAUCUAUCGCAACUUUGGACCGUAUGACAGGAACAGACGAAAAAGUGACAUCAUUCUAAGGAGUCAUUCUUCAGAAAUAUGACAGAACACACUUUGUCUCUUUAUCUGCC